UCUGCCACUGGGCGUUAUAAAUAGUAAAGGUUAAUUAGUUAGCUGAGAAAUUGGAUCAGGGGCGGGCAGUUAGAAUUUGAUCCAUAGACGGGUAACUCAAGCAAUCCCUUUUGUCACUGCAAUCAGACCUAUAUAAAUCCGCCUUGACAGACAGCAGUCACCACAAGCCUUACCUCUCUGCUGGAUCACCGACCGAGCGAGAACCACCUAAACACGGAAUAAAAUGUCGCUCUCAUCUAUCCUUUCCGCUGAUGCCAUCGACAGUGCUAUCAAGGACUGCCAAGCACCAGACUCCUUCUGCCCCAAGAAGUUUUUCCAGGUGUGUGGCCUCACCAAGAAGAGUCCCCAGGAAGUGAAGAAAGUUUUCGGGAUCCUGGACAAUGAUGGCAGUGGUUUUGUUGAGGAGGAAGAGCUCAAGUUUUUCCUCCAGAGGUUCUCCCCUGGGGCUCGUGUUCUGACAGACAAGGAGACCAAGGGCUUCCUGUGUGCUGCUGAUGACGACAGUGACGGCCGUAUUGGAGCAGAUGAGUUCCAGGCCAUGGUCUUGUCCUAAACGAUUGGACUCCAUGUCUCCAACUUGAUCUGACCCCCCAACCCCGCCCCUACUCCAGUGCUUCAAGGGCUCUCUUAGUUUUAGUCAAUCAUUUUCCAUAUGAUUAGAUAAAACCUUCUGAUUAUUUUUUUCAAUUGAAUUUUUUUGCAAGACUCACUCCGGUCCACAGACAUUCAUAUCAUGAUUUUU